AAGACGGAGUGAGCACGAAUCCUCUUGCUUGCAGAUGACCGCGUCACAUCUUCCCUACACCCGCAACGGCCUCAAGUUCUUCACCAAGCGCGGCGGGCUAACCUCCGCCGAGGUCGAAGCGAUCUGCGACCGCGCGGCGCGCAAGUACGUGGCCAGGAAGAUGGGCCUCGGUGGUGGCAGCGGCAUGCCACCGAUGGUCAUGCGCGUCGACCUGAUGACCGCCUAUGCGCAGCACCUCCGGGACAUCAUCAAGGAGCGCGUCGCGCACCCGACCCACUACGACACCCCACUCAAGGGCUUCAAGGUCAUCGUGAACGCCGGCAACGGCUGCGGCGGCUUCUUCACCUGGGACGUCCUGGAGAAGCUGGGCGCCGACACGACCGGCAGCCUCCACCUGGAACCCGACGGCAUGUUCCCGAAUCACAUGCCCAACCCGGAGGACGCCACGGCCAUGUCGCUCACGCGCGGCGCGGUGUUGGCACACGGCGCCGACCUCGGCGUGGUGUUCGACACCGACGUGGACCGGAGCGGCGUGGUGGACGACGCGGGCGCGGCCAUCAACGGCGACCGGCUCAUUGCGCUCAUCUCCGCCAUCGUGCUGGGGGAGCACCCGGGGACGACGGUGGUCACGGACGCUCGGGCGGGGGACGGGCUGACGCGGUUCAUCGAGGCCAGGGGCGGGAAGCACUGCCUGUACCGCGUUGGCUACCGCAACGUGAUCGACAAGGGCGCGCAGCUAAACGCCGACGGCGUCGAGACGCACGUCAUGAUGGAGACCACAGGACACGGCGCACUCAAGGAGAACUACUUCCUCGACGAUGGCGCGUACAUGGUGGUGAAGAUUAUCAUCGAGAUGGUCCGGAUGAGACUGGCUGGACUAGAUGGAGGAGUAGGGAGCCUCAUCAAGGAUCUCGAGGAGCCCGCUGAGUCCGUGUUGUUCAGGAUGGACAUCGUGGGCGAACCGAAGAAUGCAAAACAAAGGGGUGUGCAAGCAGUCGAGACUUUCAAGAACUACAUCGAGGAAGGGAAGCUUACCGGUUGGGUGCUCGAUGAUUGUGGCGACUGCUCCGUUGAUCAGGGAUGCCUUGUGGACAACAACGAUCAUCCGAUUGAUGUUGAUGCGUACAUGUACAGGGCAAAAUUUUACGACGAGUCUCAGAGACGACUAGGAUGGGUUCACAUUCGCCAAAGUGUGCAUAACCCCAAUAUAGCACUAAACAUGCAGUCUUGUGUUCCUGGUGGCUGCAAAUCCAUGGCAAGGAGUAUUUUUUAUGGGUUUUUGUUGACAAGUGGAGUAAAUGAAUUUGUUGACAUCACUCAAGUACAAAGCUUUGUAGAGUAGAUCUUAUCUUCAUGAUCGAACACUGUAUUAUAGCAGUCCAGACGACUAUGUGGGGCAAUAAGAGCUUACAACUACAUUCUGGAGAGUGUAGCGUGCCUACAAUACUCUCCUUCUCCUUCAGUUAGAAUAUUGUAUUAUUCUUUUUCAAAGAAAGAAUAACUACUAAUCUUGUAAAUAAUUAUGUACAUCAAAAUGUUAGUUCAUUUAUACAAAUCAUUGUAGCGGUUUCAGUUAA